AUGACCAGCAAGAAAAUAAUUGUAGUAUUUGGAGCAACAGGAGCUCAGGGUGGCUCUGUGGCCAGGGCCAUUUUGAAGAGCAAAAAUUUUGCUGUGAGAACAGUGACCAGGGAUGUGACUCGACCAAAUGCCCUGGUGCUCCGGAACCUUGGUGCUGAACUGGUAAAAGGCGAUCUGAAUGAUGAAGCCUCGGUGGAGCCCAUCUUAAAAGGUGCCUAUGGGGCCGUCGUGGUGACCAACUUCUGGGACCAUCUCAGCAAAGAGAAGGAAGUGUAUCAGGGAAAGAUAGUGGCAGAUGCGGCCAAGCGCCUGGGUCUGAAGCACGUGGUGUACAGCGGCUUGGAGAACGUGAAGCGGCUGACUGGCGGCAAGCUGGAGGUGCCGCUUGAUGGGAAGGGAGAGGUGGAGGAGUACUUCUGGUCCACGGGUGUUCCCACGACCAGCGUCCGCCUGGCAGCUUACUUCGGAAACCUUCUCACGACGUGGAAACCCAUGAAAGCCCCUGAUGGAGAUUACUACACCUUGGCCGUGCCCAUGGGGGACAUACCAAUGGAUGGCAUCUCUGUUGCUGAUGUUGGCGCAGUUGUCUCUAGCAUUUUUAAUUCUCCGGAGGAGUUUUUAGGCAAGGCUGUGGGUCUCAGUGCAGAAGCUCCAACCAUACAGCAAUAUGCUGAUGUUUUGUCCAAGAGUUUGGGGAAAGAAGUCCGAGAUGCAAAGAUCACCCUGGACGCUUAUAAGAAGCUGGGAUUCUCUGCAGCAGAGGAAAUAGCCAACGUGUGUUGUUUCUAUCAUGUGAGGCCAGACCGUGAUGUCAAGCUCACCCACCGACUAAACCCCAAAGUCAGAAGCUUCAGCCAGUUUAUCUCAGAGAACCAAGGAGCCUUUAAGGGUCUGUAA